CAUGGUUUCAGUGACCAGAACAGUGUUUGGAGAGCUGCCCUUGGGAGGAGGGACAGUGGAGAAGUUCCAGCUACAAUCAGACCUGUUGAAAGUGGACAUCAUUUCCUGGGGCUGCACCAUCACAGCUGUGGAGGUCAAAGACAGGCAGGGGAAAGCCUCCGACGUGGUUCUUGCCUUCUCUGAGUUGGAAGGGUACCUCCAAGCAGUGGUUGGAAGGGUGGCCAACCGAAUUGCCAAAGGAACAUUCACAUUGGGUGGGAAGGAGUAUCACCUGGCCAUUAACAAUGGGCCCAACAGUCUGCAUGGAGGACUCAAAGGGUUUGACAAGGUCCUCUGGACCCCUCAGGUGCUCUCAAAUGGUGUCCAGUUCUCCCGCAUCAGUCCAGAUGGUGAGGAAGGCUACCCUGGAGAGUUAAAAGUCUGGGUGACAUACACCCUGGAUGGCGGGGAGCUCGUGGUCAACUAUAGAGCACAAGCCAGUCAGACCACACCAGUCAAUCUGACCAACCAUUCUUACUUCAACCUGGCAGGCCAGGGAUCCCCAAAUAUAUAUGACCUUGAAGUCACCAUAGAAGCUGAUGCUUUCUUGCCUGUGGAUGAAGCCCUGAUUCCUACAGGAGAUGUUGCUCCAGUGCAAGAAACUGCAUUCAGCCUAAGAAAACCAGUGGAGCUUGGAAAAUACCUUCAGGAGUUCCACAUCGAUGGUAUUGACCAUAAUUUCUGUCUGAAUGGAUCCAAAGAAAAGCUUUUAAAAGCUUUCUGUGCAAGGGUGUAUCAUGCUGGAAGUGGGAGGGUACUAGAAGUACUCACUGGUCCUGGUGUCCAGUGUUACAUGGGUACCUUCCUGAAUGGCACACUGAAGGGCAAGAGAGGAGCCAUCUAUCCUAAGCACUCCAGCUUCUACCUUGAGACCCAGAAUUGGCCCUUCCCUCCUGUGCUGCUGAGUCCUGGGGAGGAGUACAAUCAUACCACCUGGUUCAAGUUUUCUGUGGUUUGAGGAAGUGUGAAGAUCCAUCCUAGUUCAUGGCCAGGCCUGGGCCCCCUCAGCAGCCUGUCUCCUGUCCAGAGACAAGGUGAAGAUUUAGAGGAUUUAAAAGUGAUCAUGUGCUAAAUCAUACAAAUGGUAGCUGUCACAAUAAUUGGUCUGAAUAUUGAUUUCYUUUUCCAGUGACUGGCUCUGGAACAUGUCUAAUGACAAGCUUUAUUCUCUGUGCAGUUCAGAAGGCAAGUGAA